AGUAGCCCUCUCUGGUCAGGAAAUACCUUCUUCCAGAAAAACGGAGGACUCCUUCUGCAAGGUUCCAGGCCCUACAUUGCCAUCCAUGGUGAUUGGUGUGAGAGAUCCCAGGUUUCGGCUCCACUGUGGUACGAAUCACCCUGGAGACUUGGGGUUCCUCAGGGAGUCAUCUGUAAUGGAGCCCAGAUGGUGAGUCAAGGGCUGUUCCCCGAUAUUAGACCCCUUGUCAUAAAGACUAUAGGAAGCAGAACAACCACAGACAGGUCAGUCCUGGACAAUUACCACAUGACUGGUGACAGCAACAUCUCAGUCAACAAUAAACAUAAGCAGGACCAGAAUUACAGCAAUGCUAAGUCUUCUCUCCUCCACAGUGGCCCCUCAACUAGUCCCUCUCCAGGAGAUGAAAGUUCUAAUCCAUGUGACAGCACCAGUAGUAACAUUGAGGAUGAUGGUGGGGACUGGCCAAGAAAAGUGGUGACUGAAUUGCUGCCAGAUGCGACCCAUUUGGCCCAGCACAAGAAGCAACUCCAUUGGACAAAAGCCAAGCCACGGGGAGACACCCUCCCCCUCAAAAAAAGGCGUACAGAGAAGCCCCCUGAAAGUGAUGAUGAGGAAAUGAAAGAGGCCGCAGGUUCCCUCCUGCAUUUGGCAGGGGUGUGGGCCUGUUUGAACAAUAUCACCAACCGGACGGCAAAAGGUCAGAAGGAACAAAAGGAAUCAUUAAAAAACUAAGACUUGGGGGGUGGAACUUUAUUCCAAUAUACAGUUUUUUUAGGACAUCAGGUAAAUUUAAAGAAUUUGUGGCAAUACCAACAGUCAUUUUGUUAUCCUGUCUUACAGAGAUUAUUCUUGAGCAUUCUUUUAUUUUUCUUAUUUAAAGGAAAUUGAAGCCAUAACAAAACAUUUUAUUAUUCUUUAUUAUAUUAUUGUUCCGCUAACAUUAAGCCUGGGUUGUUCUGUAAGAUGAAGUCAAAAAAAUGGCUACCAGGGUGCAGGGAGAACAGGAAAUCAUAUCUUCAUCAAGCAAACUCCAAAUAUCUUGGUCUUUAUGUGCAGAAAUCUGGCUGUAGGCUGUGAGUAGAGAAAGUGAAUUGGCAAAGUCAGGGACAGAGAGCCUUGAAGGUAUGCUGGAAAGUGAAGUGGCUCAAUACACAAUAACCAGCAAUGGUUAUUUUUGAUGUCACAGCUUCCUUUGAUGUGUUGCCAUGAUUAUUGGGAUUCUGACUACUAAUGAUGGCUGAUCACAGAACUGGAUACUAGGGUCAUAAAAAUGUCAGUUCUUCCAUGAAAGAACUGACUUAUAUGCUUAAAACCGGAAGCUAUCAUUUAGUGUUCUGAAAUAAUACAGCUACGUUUAAAGCCAUAAGUUAUUUCUGAGAAGUGAACAAAAGAGCAGAAGUGAGCAAAAAAGAUGGCCUGUGCUAUUUAUAAGCAAUUCAG